GUCCGAACGAUGGAGCCAGCUUCACGGGCGUUUCUGUCAGUGUGAAAGCAGUGGAGCUGUCUGCGCAGUAACCAGCCUCAGCCGUAAGGUGUCACCAGUGGAUGCAAACAGAGGAGAUCCAUGGCAGCGCUGUCUGAGAACAGAUGCAGUUACUUUGUGUUGCAAAUGAACCCAGGUGGUGUUUAAAAAUAAAACGGAAGCUUCACGCUUCAAGUAAAAGCCACGGUUUGUUCCACGGUUUGUUCCACGGAGUACUCCACGGUAGCCACAGCUUCCUACUGUGGAUGAUGGGAAUGUGUGGCUUCAUGUGUUGUGUAGUUCAGGAGGAGGAGUGUCCGGUUAGGGGAACAUGAUCUUCCUCACACUGUGAACUCGGAGGAGUCCAAACUGGACGGAGACGAGACUUCAGGAGGACAAUGUUCAGCUUCAGACUCACCUACAUUUUCUCAUAUAACCUGUUCCAGUUCUGUGGCCACACGUGGAUACUGGCUAACACUGUCGCCAGGUUUCUUAUGUUUGGCCAAGAUGCUUUGGCCGACACCUUCUACUCUGUGGGCUUUGUGAUGAGUCUCUGCCAGCUGCUUUCUGUUCUGGAGCUUUUCCACAUUGCAGACGGCAUCGAGAAAGCCCGACUCCUUCCUCGCUUCAUCCAAGUUAUGGAGAAGAACCUUCUGUUGAUUAUGAUCAUCAUGCUGGAGGAGCUGCAGAGUAAACCGGUGGUGUGUGUGCAGCUCUUCUUCUGGAACGUCCUGGACCUCCUCCGGUAUCCUCACGAGCUGCUCUGUAUCAUGGAGGAGCCGUCCAUCGCCAUGCUGUGGACCCGCUACACGCUCUGGAUCCCCUUAUACAUCCUCACAGUCAUCGUUGAAGCUGCCACCAUCUAUCAGGCCCUGCCUUAUGUGGAGCAAACGGCCUCCCAGUCGUGUGCACUCAACUCAACAACAGCUCCAAACAGCCACCUCCCCGUGGUCCUGGCGCUCUACCUGCCGGUCCUCACUCUCGGAGCCUCGCUCACAGUGGGGCAGCUGCUGCAGGAGAGGCACCACCACCUGGAGAAGUGGAACAGGAAGAGGAAGUAACAUGAAGUCACAGCUCGCCGGAGUUACGGAUGAAGUCGAAUUUAACCAUCUGCUGUAAAGAGAGAAAAGGAUGUUCUGAACCCAAAAUGAUUUGUGUUGCACUUUUAUUGACCUCACAGAUUCCUACAGUACAGUUACUGCCUAACAUUAAACAUGCCGACAGCUCAGACCA